AUGAGGUUGUGGCAAGCAGCGGGGUCAGGAGGCACCGAGCUCCUCCUCCGGGCAGGUGGGCAAACACCAGCAGUGCGCUUCUGUCCCCCAGCUGCCAGCUGCCCCAUCCCAGAGGGCCCUGCUGCAGAGGUUGCUUCACUUACUGCAUCCUCAGCCCAUGGGGACAUCCCUCCACGUCCUACAUCCCUCCCAUCACUUUCCCGUGUCACAUACAAGGACUUCAUUCGCUGCCUGCCAGUUCACCUCUCCCACUACAUCCUGGGGCUUUUGGAUAACAAAUCCCUUAAAACAUGUGCAAAUGUGAGUAGAUACUGGGCUUUUCUGGCCAAAGAAGUUGAGAAGGAGCACGUGUGUCAAAAAGCAAUACAGAAGAAAAUCCUGUAUUUGCAGGGGUUGUGUCCUCGGGGAGCAGUUUCCAACUAUGCUAAAAUAGUCAAUGUAGCAAUUCCACAGUUAAAUGAAAAGGGAUGUGUCAUCAAAGUGAGAGACCACAGCCCUGGAAGUAAAACAAAGGAAGACAAGGAGGAGGAGGAAAACAACCUGCAGGCAGCCUAUCGUGAUCUGCAAACUGACACAAUCCAGCUGGAAGAGAGGAAUGUAUUCUGUGGCUCCUACAAUAUUCGUGUCCUCAUUGAGCGAUCAGACCCAAACAGAGUAAUCCACUAUGCUGGGGGAGACUUGGUAGCCAUUGGCUCUGCAGAUCAAAAAGUGAGGAUUUUUAAUGUGUUGUCAAUGAGAGAAGUGCCACCUCUGCUCUCAGGGCAUGCUGGAAGCAUCAAAGCACUGCUGCUUGAUGAGAAGAAAGGGCUCAUUCUCAGCACGAGCUGCGAUCUCAGCAUCAGAUGCUGGAAUAUAUACAGUGGUGCUUGCAUGAAAAUCUUUACUGGUCACUGCAGGGCCAUCACCUGCUUGGAUUUACACAACAAGAAGUUUGUGUCGGGAGGCGCAGAUGGGAUGGUGAAAGUGUGGAACUUGGACAGCGAGGUAUGUCUUAAGACCCUGAAACACAGCAAUAUUGUUUAUGCUGUUAAAAUGGAUGGAACCCAUGUUGUCAGUGGGUGUGACAGAGGGCUGGUGAAAGUCUGGCAUGCUGGCACAGGCACUCUGCUCAAACUACUAGAAGGGCACGUAGGCCCGGUGAGGUGCUUGUCCUUCGAUCAGUGGCACCUUGUCUCAGGAAGCAGUGACGGAUAUGUCUUGGGAUGGAGCAUGGUGGGAGACCUUAAGAGGUGCCUAACAGCUUUCCGCCACCCGAAGGAAGUUCUGUCUCUGGAGUUGCUCUAUCUCAGAGCUGUCAGCAGUUGUGCUGAUGGGAAGAUCCGUGUGUUUAACUUCCUGACUGGGAGCUGCCUGAGAGUGCUGGUGGGCAGUAGCAGAGGGGAUCCUAUAUCUUUCUGUGCUUCCACAAACAGGAUGGUGAUCAAUGCGACCAGCAGCCUGCUGAUGUUCCAGUUUGAGGAUGUCAUGUGGGACUACACGCUAGGUGCUGAGCGAGAGAUGGUGUGGAAGCAGAAGCAGGAGAGCUGCCCUUUGGGCACAGCAUUGACCCCCUCCCAGCAAACCAAGAGCCACAUUGCCAGCCAGAUGCGUCGCCUCACUCUGAAGACACGAGCUCUCUGCAAUGAAAUGAUAAAACCAGCAGCUUGCCAGCAACAGGAGCAUUUGCUUGGGAGCAGGAGGUCUUCUCACAUCCAGGCAGAGCAGCAAGAGCUUCUUGCUCCUGAUAACAACCAGCCCCAUCCUCUUGCUUUGGGACAGCCAGCAAAGGCAUCUUCUGUAAGGAUCCUGGCAGAUGCGGGUGAGAACUUGUCAUAGCAUGGUUGGAUGUUGGCUCCUUGAAUGAGUGCAUCUAAGAUAAAUGAAUGGAUCAAACAAGAAGUAGUGAUCUGUAGGAGACAGGCCAAUUCUGGAUGAGAAGCAAAAUGGAUCCUUGCAGAGGGUGCAGUGGUUACAGAAGCUGUAUAAGAUCAAUCAGAUAGAGGAAGCAAUCCAGUCCAAUGAUAAAGCCUAGCUCUUUGGUAUCUAGGCUUUCUUUUCUUUUUUUUUUUUUUU